GAGAGAGAGAGAGAGAGAGAGAGAGAGAGAGAGAGAGAGAGUAAAAGCAAAAUAAAACAAAUAAAAAAAAUGAGGUUCAACUUCGACUUACAGGAUCCGAAUUUAACACAAAGGCGUUCCGCCACGCCCAAAGAAGAAGUGGAAUGGGUUCCGCUUCAGAACCACCCAAUCUUCUCCUCCUCCACCACCACCGAAGACCACGCUUCCACCUCCGCCACGUCAUCGCCGCGAAACCUUUUGGCCUGGGACGGAGCCACCAGGCUCUACUUCUGGGACUCCAACAAACACUGCCUCCAUCGCAUCUCUAUUCGACUCGGCGAACCCCAACCUACCUCCGUCCUCGCCUCUUCUCCCUCUAAGGUAUUGCAAGCAGAUGUGCAGCUCAACUUUGUGGUUCAUAAAAUCUCCAUCAAUAGGAAUGGAUCUGCGAUAUUACUUGCUGGUUCAGAUGGUUUAUGCGUCAUGUACCUUUAUGGGCGGAAUUCUACUGAAGAGAAUGCCAUAAUUUGCAGGACUGUUACUGUUGGUUCACAACUCUAUUCCAAUGACUCCAAUGCCAUACGUAUGCUACAAGUUUCAUGGCACCCAUAUAGUGACACCCAUAUGGGAGUUCUUUCUUCAGAUUCAGUUUUCAGACUUUUUGAUUUGUCGUCAGAUCUGCUGCUACCAGAGCAAGAAUAUUAUCUACAGCCCGUUGAACCCGGUAGAUCCAGGAAUGUCACAUCAAUCUGUCCUGUUGAUUUUUCUUUUGGAGGUGACCACUUAUGGGACAGGUUUAGCGUUUUUGUGUUAUACACUGACGGUUCACUUUACAUCCUCUGCCCAGUUGUUCCAUUUGGGAGUUUCUACAAAUGGGAAUCUAUACUAGAGAUAUACAGUGAUGCUCAUACAUUUGGACUGAAAUCAGCCAAUUCAACAGCUGUUAGUAAUUCUAAUCUGGCAAUCUCUUGGUUGGAAGCAACGUUUCCUGAGUUAGCAAACCCAGAAGCAGAAGGGGGAGAUCUGUCCAUGCUUAGAGCUCAUCCUUAUGCUCUAUUUGAUGCAUCAAUUUCCUUGCAGGUACCUAUAUUUUCCUGCCAAUGUUCCAUGAUGCUCCAAAAUCUGUUAAUUACUUAUGCCAAACAGGGUAUGGGAUAGAUGUGAUGGACCUGU